UGAAGUUACCAUAAGAUAUUAAACUCAGAUUACAAUAACGUGAUUGUGUUUAAAUUUUUUUACAAUGGCACAUACUAUGGGUGGGCUUUUCGGAACCUUUUUAAUCAUUUUAUCAACAUGUAUUCUCCUAGGAAGAGUAAUUCUAUGUCAUUGAGAAGAUCUUUUGAAAGCAUAUCUGACGCAACCAAACAAAUCCGUUUAUAAGAAGUGGAGAAAGAUGCAAAACUAUAGAGGAUAUAAGUAUACCAUUAGACUGUUACAGGACCACACCCAGCCGCUAUGACGGUCAUCAACAAACGACUAUUAAUGGGGAUGCGUGUGUAAGAUGGGAUUCUUUUGAUAACGAUUUUAGAUUAGCUAGUAAUUUCCCUGACGCUACUGUUGCUGACGCAGCGAACUACUGCCGUAAUCCGGACAAAGAUGAAAAUCUCUGGUGCUUUACUGGUAAAAUGUCAACAUCUUGGAACAUAUGUGGAAUUAAAAAAUGUGAAUAUGUCAACGUUGACCAAUGCGGACGCCUGAGUAUUGAACAACCGACCAUACUGGGAAGAAAUGUUUUAUUUACUUUUACGCCUGACACAAGUAAUUCAAACGCCAUACUGGAAUGGCAGCGAACAAAUAAAAUAAAUCCAUGGGCAACACUUCCUGUCAAAUACAAAUUUACACAAUAUUUCCAAGAUGGGACAUAUUAUCUACUUUUGACCGACACAGUUCGUUAUGAUGACGAAGUCUAUUACCGAAUUUAUUAUGACAACAAAAGCGUUCGCUGUUUAAUGGAAACUCCCGAGCUUGUUCUGAAAGAUAUAUCAAGUAAUCCGUGUGGUUUUGUUUACCUACGAACAAAAAAGGUGAAAGUUAACGACAUGGUUGAACUAGAAUAUUAUCCGUCGAAAAACGCUAUGCGAUAUCCAGACCGGUUUUUACGACAAUGGACACAAUUUACAAAUCAUACAAUUCCAAUACAACUGAAAGAAGAUACAUAUAUGGAAACGCAAGAGCCAAAUGAUAAAUACGUGCUGACCAUAAACAUGUCCAGUUAUCAAAUGAAUGGCCUAUAUAAAGUUUACUGCGGCACAGAAGCGAGUUAUUCCAAUGCGGUUAGAGUUGCGUUACCUGAUCCACCAAGUUCACCAUUAUUUGAAGGUUUACAGGAUAUAGACGACUGUAAGGGGUGUAUUGUUGGUGAAGAUGGUGAUCAUUUCAGCGUACUCUGCAAGACAAGUGGAGGAACUGAACCCGUUAUAGUGACCGUGUCAAUAGGGAAUGAACCGCUAAGCCCACAACGAUAUGAUGUAACACCUGGCUAUAUAGCAUUCUUCUAUCUUCGCAAACGUCACCAUAUGGAAGUUUUGACAUGCUCAGUUAUGAACGAUGCAUUGACUUCACCUUUAAUUGUCACUACUCGUGUGUAUAUUAAACAUGCACCAGAAAUUGAAUUCAACAUUUCUGGCUCGGAACUGAAUAUUUCUAAAGGAGAACAAACGUUCGUUAAGUGUUCAGCCAAAAGCGCUCCUGCGUCAAAUAUUUCAUGGAUUGAGAGUAUUGAUGGGAGAAACAUAACAAAGAAGCAAUGUCACAUGACAACAAACUGCGUCAUAGCAAUUGUUGAACACCUUGUCCCGCAACGGCAUUUGUUUUGUCAGACUCACUAUUUACACAAAACUGACCGAAAAAAAUUAACAAUUUACAUUUUGGAUGCACCAGAAAUUGAAUUCAACAUUUCUGGCUCGGAACUGAAUAUUUCUAAAGGAGAACAAACGUUCGUUAAGUGUUCAGCCAAAAGCGCUCUUGCGUUAGAUAUUUCAUGGAUUGAGAGAAUUGAUGGGAGAGACAUAAAAAAGAAGCAAUGUCACAUGACAACAUACUGCGUCAUAGCAAUUGAUGCACAUCUUGUCCCGCAACGGCAUUUGUUUUGUCAGACUCACUAUUUACACAAAAUUGACCGAAAAGACUUAACAGUUUACAUUUUGGAUGCACCAGAAAUUGAAUUCAACAUUUCUGGCUCGGAACUGAAUAUUUCUAAAGGAGAACAAACGUUCGUUAAGUGUUCAGCCAAAAGCGCUCUUGCGUUAAAUAUUUCAUGGAUUGAGAGAAUUGAUGGGAGAGACAUAACAAAGAAGCAAUGUCACAUGACAACAUACUGCGUCAUAGCAAUUGAUGCACAUCUUGUCCCGCAACGGAAUUUGUUUUGUCAGACUCACUAUUUACACAAUAUUGACCGAAAAGAUUUAACAGUUUACAUUUUGUGGGAAGAUGAUCAACUUUCCAAAGACCAGGAAGAUUCUGUCUCUGGUGUUAAAUUGAUUUUCUGGAUCAUUGUAGGCCCUUGUAUAGCUAUUGUAGCUGUUGUCAGUAUUGUUGUUAUCAUCGUGUGCUUAGUUGUAAGAAACAAACAGAGGAAAGCUAGAGCACAACAGGAAACAAAUCGAGUGAUAUACAGUACCAGUGACGAUGGAGACAGCAGGGGUGAACUGGAUGUAAAAAAUCAGGAGUAUGCACAAUUAAGGAAUGCCGCACAUGCAAGUGGACAAUCGGAAACUGUGUAUUCUCAGCUGCAGCUCACUCCAUAGACGUGCCAAGGACAAGCAUAAAUCUAUGGAAAACCUAUUCCAUCUUUGACAGAUACGGCUAAUAAACCGGACGCUGCACACAUCUACUGAUUACCGACAAUCAUUCGAGUUGGCAGACAUUCAACUCAUAGGCAGUCAUCUUGGUCAUAAUAUGCAAUUCAGUGUUAUACCACUUUUUCAAGUCAUGAAUACCAUGUUUACAUAUGACUUGCCUUUAUAACUCAUCAUAUAUAUUGUAAAUAUAUACAUAGUGCUGUCUAGUUUAAAUAUCAGGUACAUUGUGUACAUACUGCUAUUCUGUUACAUGUUUACGUUUUCAGUCCUACCAGUGAAAAUACCAUGCAUUUGUUUGGGCAUAUGUUUUUAUAUUCAUUACCAGCAAAUUGAAAAAAAAAUCAUACAUGAAUCAUGCUAUUUAUGAUGACUGUAAUUUUAUGUAACUGUAUGUCAGUUAAGGCAGUCGGGUAUACUGUAAACCAUUACUUUUUGUAUGAGAUUAAUUUUCUUGAAUUAUGUGGUUGAAACAAAUCAAAGAAAUUUAAUUCCACAGAGAAGGUAAAACUUUACAUUCAUAUCAUGGUCAAAAGUUGAAAUUCAUGAAUUCACAUCCCCGCAUCAUAGCCAUUCAAACCAAAACACGAAAUUUCGUGCCCUGGAGAACAUGAUUUCACAUUAUAUUGGGUUCCUUAUCAAACUCCACUUUUUAUGAGGAUUUUAUUAACAAACUUUUGUUCAUUUUAAUGUUCAGGUUGUACUCGGUAAAGGUAUUCAAGGUUUUAUUGACAGAGGUUAUAGUCUUACUGUUAUGAAAUACACCGCCGUUCAGCCAGUUCACGGUCGGGUGCUAGACUUUCAUCUUUGCUUUUAUUUGACGAAACAGGUUGAAGAGUUCUAAAAGCCUACAUGGUUUAGUUGCUGUGAUAUUGUGGUCUGUUUCGUCAAGCCGUUAACAGUGUUUUCUUGUAUUCUGCCGAGUCAUUAGGUUCAUUUGGAUGUACAUGUGACUGGUUCGUUAUGUUUAUUUGCAUGUACAUUGUACAUGAACAUUUCUGUAUUUUACAGACAACUCGUGUUUGGUUGGUGCGCACCGUCCUUCUAAAGAUGUUCAAUUUGUGUCUUUCAUUAAAAUAGUUUACUUUAAGACACCAACUUUAAAUGUAGAAAAUCCUCAUCGAAUGAACUUAAUCUGAAUAAAUAUAUAAACUAA